ACAAUUCUAUUUCUACAGCACUGGUAUCACCUGCAAAGAAGAGCUUAUUGGUGAUCAUCAGUUGAUUACAGCUUCUGUAACACAAACCACCAUCAUGAAACACUUCCUGAGAAUGUUUAUCCAGGUAUGCCUGUACUUCUACUGCAAGUGCUUGUGGCGCUGCCUGAAGUUUGUGGUCAGGAAACUAACGGGGCGAUGCGAAUUGCAAAGGAUCUGUUACAAUACCAAGCCUGGAGCUGCCAGAACUAUGAAAAUAGAGGCAUCACUGAAAGGUUCAAAAAGUAAGCGGCUGCAAACUUCAGUAAGUGUUCACCCUGAUGCUAUUGAAAAAACUAUAGAUGACAUCAUGGAGCUGAAAAAGAUUAAUCCAGAUAUAAAUCCACAGCUGGGAGUAUCUCUUCAGGCCUGCCUGCUGCAGAUCGUUGGGUACAGAAAUCUGAUUGUAGAGGUUGAAAAGCUGCGCCGAGAGCCGUAUGAUUCAGAGAAUCUGCAACAUGAGGAAAUGCUUUUGAAGUUAUGGAAAUGCUUGAAGCCCAAUUCACCAUUGAAAGCUCGGAUUUCGAAGCAGUGGUGUGAAAUUGGUUUCCAAGGUGAUGAUCCUAAAACAGACUUUAGAGGGAUGGGUCUCUUGGGCUUAUAUAACUUGGUGUAUUUUGCCGAAUGGGACACUGAGGUAGCCCAACAAGUUCUUUCUGAUUCUCUUCAUCCUAAAUACAGGGAAGUCACUAAGAAGGAAAUAAGCCAGUUCAGCAAAGUUGAAUGGGAGAAGAAAAAGUUUGAUAAGGCAAUUGGCUACUCGUUUGCCAUUGUGGGCAUUAACAUAACAGACCUUGCGUAUAACCUGCUUGUGAGCGGAGCUCUGAAGACCCAUUUCUACAACGUUGCUCCAGAGGCACCGACACUCACUCACUUUCAGCAGACCUUCUGUAAGUGGGGAAACGGGACGGCUACUUGAUCUGUGUUCUUAUUA